AGUAAACAAUGAAAUAAUUCAAAGUAUGGCGGUGACAGGAAACUGAAAACAAUUCAAUUGUGUUCAACAUUUAUAGUCCGUCCAGUAGCUGUAAGUUUUUCCAAGAGUUCAUAAUGGAGAAAUAUGUUAAGCUGAAGAAGAUUGGGGAGGGUUCCUUUGGGAAAGCCUACCUAGUCAAAGCCAAAGCGAAUGGCAAACAAUAUGUGAUCAAAGAAAUAAACAUGGCCAAGAUGUCAAGGAAAGAGCGUGAUGAAGCAAAGAAAGAAACGGCUCUUUUAGCUCAGAUGCAGCAUCCCAACAUUGUGACAUAUAAAGAAUCCUUUGAGGAAACGGGAAGUUUGUAUAUAGUGAUGGAUUACUGUGACGGGGGUGACCUGUAUGGAAGAAUCAGUGCACAGAGAGGGGCUUUACUCCCAGAAGAGCAGGUUUUGGAUUGGUUUGUCCAGAUUUGUUUAUCAAUAAAACACAUACAUGACAGGAAGAUAUUACACAGGGACAUAAAAACACAGAACAUCUUUCUCACCAAGGCCGGUAUUGUGAAGUUGGGGGAUUUUGGCAUAGCGAAAGUUCUCAACAGCACUGUGGAGCUAGCUAGAACAUGUAUAGGAACACCUUACUACUUGUCACCAGAGAUCUGUGAAAACAAACCAUAUAACAAUAAGAGUGAUAUCUGGUCACUAGGCUGUGUCUUGUAUGAACUGACUACCCUCAAACAUGCUUUUGAGGCAGGCAAUAUGAAAAACUUAGUAUUGAAAAUAAUCAGGGGUUCCUAUCCACCGGUACCCCCAAGGUACAGUUAUGAACUGAGAAACCUACUUGCUCAAUUAUUUAAGAGAAAUCCAAGAGACCGUCCAUCUGUGACCACAAUCUUAAAGAAACCAUUCAUACAGAAAAGGAUACAGAAGUUUCUUUCUGAAACAAUGUUACAGGAGGAGUUCAGUCACACGGUGAUGCAUGGACAGAGAAUGUUAAAACAGUUGCCACCCCCAGGUCAAGCCAAGAGGGCAGUCUCAGCUCCGGUUGCCCGAAAGCCCCCAGUUGCUGGGGGAGCACCUGCUAGAUAUGACCCUGCUGCUGCCUAUGCCCCUGCUGCCAGGAGGUCCAAGGAAAACAGAAGGUCUGCAGAGGAGAAGAAGAAACCUAACCCAGUGGGGAUGGUACCUGCUGCAGCUGCUAAUAAUGCUAAUGUACUUGCACAGAAGAGAAAGGAACUAAUGGAAAAAGAGCAAAAAAGAAGAGAAGCAGCUAAAAAGCAGGAGCAAAUGUAUGCAAGGCAGCACAGGGAACUUAUUGAAAAGCAAAGAAUGGACCGUAUCAAAAAGGCUCGAGAGGCUGGCUGGAAAAACAUGGUGAAUUCUUUAGGUUCUGAGAAUGCAGAGGAUAAGAAGAAAGGGGAUGAUGCACCCUCAGAGGCCCCUGCCCCUGCCCCCGCUCCCGCCCCUGCUGUGGCCCCUGCACAAGCCUGGGGUCCUGCAGUUGGCCCCAAGGCUGCAGUGGACCGGGGAAACUAUGAGGGUUAUAAUGCGUACUUGGAGAAACUGAAAAAGGACCGAGAAGAGAGAGCGAAAGGGCAAAUGAAGCCAGAUCAAGGUGCUGUCCCCGGCAGACCCAUGGAGGGAUGGCCUGACAGAGAUGCUGUCAAGAGAGAGUUCAACAAAGCAGCUGGGGCGGCACAGAGAGGGGAAGCAGAUAGGGCUCUGGGAGCAGAAGCAGCAGAGAAAGCAAAGCAGGUCUCCGAGUUUCUACAGAGGAAAAAAGAAGCUGCAUACUACAAAAACAGAGGGCAAGCAAUGUUGUUUGGGCGGGAGCCAGAUGUCCCUGCUCCUGCUCCUCACGGUGAAAAGAGACCAAUUUCUGCUGUAGAGGGAGCCAGAAACCAAGAUGAAUCUGAAUAUUUGGCCAGACUGAGACAGAUUCGUCUGCAGAAUUUCAAUGAGAGAAAAAUGAUCAAGCAGAAGAUUCAAGAAGGGCAAAAGCCAAGAAUUCCAGGAGAUCCUAGAUAUGACCCAGAAGCCAGGAAACAGAAAAUUGAAGCAUUAAAGGCUCAAGCUGAUGCAAGAGCCAAGAAACUGAAGGAAGAAUUGGAGAUGAAAAGAAGGGCAGCAUUUGAGAGGGAGAAGAAACAGUGGGACAAUCAUUUGGCAGCAAAAGGCAUUGGAGCGCCAAAUGCAAGACAAGAAGCAGACGAUAGGCCUAUCAAACCAUCCCGUCCCCUACCCAAACCAGCUUACGAUCCGUCCCAAAUAAAACCUGCACAACCCAUUGGGCUGACUGGGGUUAUGAAGGCCAUAGGUGCCGAGGCUCCGAAAGUAGAACCCUCUCAACCACAGGCUCCACCUAUAGGAAUGACUAAUGUCAUGAAGGCGAUAGGUGCAGCCGUGCCACACAGGGAACCCUCGCGGCCACAGGCGACACCUAUUGGUAUGACCAAUGUUUUGAGGGCCAUCGGGGCGAAUGUUGAAGAUGCUCCUGCUGAGGAGUCAGUGCCUGUUGAUGAUGAUGUUAGGGGUAGUCAACAGGAACAGAAGAAAGAAAUACUGAGGAAACUGAACCAAAACCCUCCAGAUGAAAAAGAGAAAGAUAGGCCCAAAUGGGGGGCACCUGCAACAGAUCAGCCAAUGUUUGCUGAGCAGAAAGAGAGGCCACAAUGGGGACAGGGUGAUGCAGCCAAGUUACGAGACAUGGCUCUGCAGGAGACAGCCUCUAAUAUGGAUGCUACCAGUGCUCAGGAUCUGGUGUUCAAGGCAGCCGAUGCUGGGAGAAAGCAGUGGGGAGGCCCCGCGGGUACCGCCAUUAAUGUGCUGAACAAGGCCGCCAUUGUCUCCCAGACCAUGACAAUACAGGGUUCCGAUUAUCCAGAUGAUGCAAGGGCAGGGAGGAGUCCAAUGAAAAGUCCGAAAGCCAGUAUACCUAAGGGGGCCAUAGGAGAGACAAUUGUUAUACCCAAACAGCCACCGCAAGUAGUAGGAGAGCAAGGAGAAAAUAAGCCUCUCACACCAAAGAAGGAAACUCCAAUAGAAGAGGAGCAGAAAUCACCAAGGAAAACAGAGCCCAAAUCACCACGGCAACAGGAGCCCAAGUCACCACGGCAACCAGAAGUGACACCCUCAGAACCAGUUGCAGGAGAUGUAGAGAUUGAGUUGACUUUAGAGAAAGUGUCCCCUGUGAAACUCAAGUCUCCUGAUAAGCAGAAAACUUCACCAGGUAAACUAACUGUGGAGGGUGAUGACGAGGUAAGGAAAUCCACCUCUAAAAAGUCCUCGAAGUCAGGAAAGUCAUCACCACGUCCAGGAAGUGCCCCCGACAAGAAAUCUAGAAAGGAAAGGACUAGAUCGCGUCCUAAGAGUGCUGAGCCGAAAGCAAAGUCUCCUCGCCCAAAAUCCGCAGAAAAGACAUCCCCAGAAAAACCAUCAGGCGAAAAAGAUCAGGGCAAAAAGAAACUGUUUGACCAGGUAGAACUGGAUGAGGAAGAGGAGGCGACCAUGAGAGAGAUGUAUGAACAACAGUUGUUAGACAACAAGGAGGAAGAGGAGGAUACAGAUUUCAAGAUGGCUUCUGCCGGUGUUAUCAUUGGUCUGGCAACUGGACACUUUGAUAUACCUGAAGCUGGGUUGCUAAGAACCUGCUCCAUGCCCGACCUGAGCAAACUGUUCCGCACCAACCUGAUGGAAAACCCCUUCUUUUACGAACAGGAACCCCUCACUGCAAGCAUGCAAGUAAUGGUGGGAACAGAGGAGGAGGAUAUAGAAGAAGUGGACUUGGAUGAUGAGGAAGAGAAUGUUGAUGAUGAUGAUGUGGAACUGGAAGAUGACAUGAAGAGCCCUGAGGCACUGAAUUUAGAAGAGGAGGAAGAACUCAGAAGCAUGAGGGAAUCUUUGGCAAGAAUUCUUAGAGGUGAGAAAGAACCAAAGAAGCAGUCCCCAAAGAAAAAAGCUUCUCCAAGAAAAGCUAAAGCAGAGACAGACAGCACAGAAGAUGAUGUCGAAACCAUUGACACUAAUGAAGAUGGCGCCACAGGAGACAUAGUGGGUACUAUAGACCCUGUCAGGGAAGCUUGGGAAUCAGAUGAUGAUGAUGAUGAAGAUGAAAAUAGUGAAAAUGACAUAGAUGAUGCUGAUGCAGAAGGCAAGGAACACAAAGUUAAGCAUAAGCACACAGAAGAAGAGGAGGAGGAAGAAGAGGAUAUCUUCAGCAGGUUAGAAGAGUCUAGGAUUCAGCUGGAAGAAGAACUGGGCUGUGAUACCUUCUUGAAGGCUUAUCAGACAGUACAGGCAAUCCAUGAAGAUGAGGAUGAGAAUAUAGAAGAUGGACAGAAAAUAGUCACUACUAUCCUGGGCCAUAGCAAGGAGCAUUUAUAUCCAAAGAUUUUACAACUGGUCAUGGCAGAUGGGGCCUUUGUGGAAGAUAAUGACUGAGGACCAAUUUGACCUACAUUCCUGUGAGAACAUAGACCUAAAAAUUCAGGAUGGAGAGACUAAUUUUUAAUAAAAGAAAGAUACUUGCUGUAUCCACUUUACUUUUUACUAGCCUGUGUCAUUAAAACUUGUCACAAUUAUUAUUGAUGUAAAGUAGAUUUUUAUUUGUUUGUUGAAUUCCCCUUAUGCUACAUGUAUGCUAUUAAGAAUUUGUCAAAGACAAUAAAGACUUCACAUCAAAACCAUUUCAGAAUAAUAAUGAUAAUAAUAAUAAUAGUUAUGAUUAUGAUAGUUUAUUCAGCUCCUAAUGGUACAUUGUCACUUUUACCUGUUCUCAUCGAUGCAUUGUUAUAAAUGGGAUACCAGAAAAGUACAAACCAUACACAGUGAAUAACAAAAAAAGACAACAGAUACAUUAGAAUCAUAAUAUUACGUUUUUAGUAAUACUGAUGGUCAAUAAUGUCUUUUAUUUCCGUCCAUUAAAAGCUAUAUUCUAGUUUAAAUAGGUAAGUGUUUUUAAGUAUGUGUGAUAAGUAAGUGUGUGUGCCCUAAUUUGCUUCCACAUUGUUGCUUGAUAAUCAGUUUUUUUUUU